CCCCAUCAUGCGUCUUGUCUCUGCCAUUGCCGCCUUUGCCGCGGUUGCUACUGCCGCGGCCGCGGACACCGUCCCCCCUGAGCUGGCGGUCAUCGGGGAGCCGUCGACGGUGCUGAAUGUCACCUACUCCGUGGGGUCGGCUGCAGUCAGCUUCACCCCUGGCGAGUUCCUAAACACGACCGUCACCAAGAGCGCGCCGGAGCCACGUCUCCACGACUUGGGGCUGAGCAGCUCGGGACCCUACCUGCUGCUCAUGGUCGACCCGGACUGGAACAAAACCACACCCCCCUCGGUAAUCGUGCAUACGGUUGUGGCCAACCUGACCACCGCCGUCAACAGCACGAGCGAUGCGAACGUGCUGGCCUCGUACAUCGCCCCGCAGCCCAAGUCCGGCACGCACAACUACACCCUGUUCCUGUUCGACCAGCCCGCCAACUUCAGCGUCUCCAGCCGCUACGAGUCCUUCAUGCAGACCACUGCCGAGACUCCCUUGAACCGGUUGAACCUGCCGCUGGAGAGCUUCCUCAACCAGACCGGGCUGGGUAAGCCAGUUGCGGCCAACUACUUCCGCGUCACGGCGGCGAGCAACGACACCAGCUCCAGCUCGAGCGGAUCCAACUCCACCACGAGCACGAGCACAGGCACGAGCACCGGCACCAGCACCGGCACCGCCGCUAGCGAGACGUCGACUGGGGCGGGCCACAAGAUGGCCGCGGGCAGUUAUCUGGCCGGCGCAUUGGCCCUGGUCGGUGCGGUGGUGGCCGCCGUCUGACCUACAUUUCCCUGAAAGAUAUUCGUGGCAAUGGAAAAGUGAAGAGCAAACUGGCACAUCGCUAUCUUGUACAAGGCAUACUCAUCAUGUACUGUAAAU